AAACGCGUGUGAGCACACAGCCUGACACACACACACACACACACACACACACACACACUCCACCGUCACCGUGCUGAAAGGCGAAUAAAAGCGAAGCUCCGGUAAAAGUUGAACUUAUUCAACUUGUCUCCGGUGUUUGACUCGAAACUCUUCUCGUCACCCUCCCCGUCGACGUUACGUACGCAGCCGUGGCGUGCCUGCAAGCCAAAUAACAUGGAGUCCUCUGCCUGGCAUCUUCAAGGGAUCCAUGCAAAACCCCGAGCAGCGAUUUAACGGAGCAACUUUGUCCCUGGGAGCCGUCAAAGCCUCCGGAGAGCAUCGUGUCGGGGCGUAAAAGCUUCAGCUCCGUCCUCAAACUAUGACGAACGGCGCUUAAACAGCCAGCUUUCACUGCGACCCGCACACCAGGCCGAAUUCAGAGAAGAGGAGGCUGCACAAUGUAGGAAGGCUGGUCACCAGUGGGACUCCAUACUGCUCUCUGGGGGGACCAUGGAGCCAGAAGGGCCACCCCGAACCCCAGGGACCAGCUAUGGGCCCCCAGCCUGCAACUCAGCACAAAACCCUGUCACCCCCACCUUCCUCAACUGCACCUUACAGUCCUCACGUUCUCCAAAUGUGAGAGACGGCCUGAUGCCUGCCAAAUGCUCGUGGGGCCACGCUGGAGAUGAGGGCCCCAAGCAGACUGAAGGCCCUCAGCCCAGUGCAGAGCCAGGGAGGAGCGCACAGAGGAGAUUCAGGUCCUCAGCCUUUCCUUCCUCCCUAAGCUGGGACUCUGACUCUGAGAAAGAAACACUAGAUGAGGAGGAGCUACAGCACUUUUCUAACCCUCAUGGUCUGGCUGCUCACAGCCCAGGAUCUCCUUCUUCUGGACUCAGACUUGAUAGUGAAGAUGACCAAGAACCUGAAAAACUGCAGCACUUGCAUAAUAAGACUGACUCGUCUCCCCCUGUGGAGGGGCUCAGCGACAACAACAACACUGAGAGCACAAAGACAGAAGAGCCAAAUACAUCUCAGCUUGGCCAAACAGAGUUGGCAGACAGCAAAGUGUGGAAUGUAUCCGAGGAAGCCGAGCUGUUUCUGUCCAAAGUAAAACCAAAGGAAGGUUGCCAAAUGGAGGAGGAGGAGGAGGCGGACAACAGCGAGGGAGAGAAGAGGCCCAAGGGAAAAGAAACCAAGGAGCCUGAGAGAGAUGUGUACACCUUCCCUGGAGACUCAGACCCGGAGAGUCCCCCUCCUGCCCCCUGGGCUCAUUGCACAUUUAUUCAGCGGUGCAGAAAGAAGAGGGUGCUGCUCAGGCCCUUCUCCGGACUUGGCACGUUGAAGCGAACAUUGCCUGAGACAGGAAAGAGGGCAAGAGUGAGUCCUCAAAAAUCAAAAACCAGUGAGACAGCACAGAGUGGAGGUGGAGGGGUUUAUGAUUUCGAGGAAGUCAGUUUUGGAGAGGCAACAGUGGAGGAGCCGAUAAAGUUCAGAGACAGAGGAGGGAAAAGGGACAAAGAAGAGGAACAAAGUGGGGGAGAGCCAGGCAAACAAAUCUUCACCUGUGUGGAAUGUAGCAUUUACUUCAAAAAGCAGGUCCACCUGCAGGAGCACAUAGUUGAGCACUGUCAGAGCGGUGCAGCGGGGGGCAGGCGUUUAGGAAAGGGCGGCCGCUUUAGGUGUAUCGAGUGUGGGUGGAACCUUUCAAAUCGGCUCGCGCUGGCAGACCACCACAGAAAGCACCAGGAGUCCCGUCUAAAGAUCUUAGAGGAGAUUGAGAAACUGAAUGAAAAUGGGAAGGCAAAAGAGACUGAGAAGCUCAACAGUAAGACGGUGAAGCAUAUAAGCUCAGACCCUGCGAUUAUGCAAGACACAAGCCCAGCCUCGAUUCCAGGCAAAAUGUCAGACCCAGAAAUAGUCACAUCUCCACCUCUUUCCCCAGCACCAGUUUCAACACCAGACACAGACCCAGCAGUUCUCGAGUCAGACGCCACUCCUCCAAAUUCAGUCCGAACUGCAGCUCAGGCCCGAGCUGUUUCCACCUGCCGCCGCCGCUUCGUCUGCACCAAGUGUAACUUCAGCACAAGAACCUCCCAGGCACUGGCUAAUCACACCAAGACCCACAACAGAAAAAAACCCGCUCUCCAGGCUGACUCCCCAUCCCCAGGUUCACCAUCAUGCGUGGCGUCCACCUCCCUGGCCUGCGGUCAUUGUGCCUUCCUGACCUCAAGUCAGACUGUAAUGAGGGAACACCAGAAACUUGUUCACCCAGGACAGGCCUCCGUCAGCGGGGUGCAGGCUGAUGACACUGGUCAGCAUUCAAGGUCUAAUGCGGGUGCUCAAAUUUCAAAACCCCCCACCAUAGAUUCUGACCAUCUCUCUGGGCCUGGAUCUCGAUCCUCGCCCGAUGCAACUCAAGGCAAAAGCCAGCAGGGAGUCACUGCCUCUGAGGACAGCACAAAGCCAGACGGAGCCGCGGCUCGGCCCACAAGCCAGGUGGUGUUCAAGUGCACUGGGAACAGGAGAUUUAGCAGAAGAGGGAAGACUUGGACGGAUCUGGCCAAGUUUCUGGAUGAUGACAAGCUGCCCGGGAGUGAAGAGGAAGAGCAGGAUGAAGAUGGGAGCACAAAGCUUGACACUGAGCGUUCCCAACGGGAGGGCAACUCACCUGCUGGAGUUAAACCGUACACCAGAGCACGAGCUAACGCAGACGACUGCUCAGCACAGCAGAGUGCUACAUUAUCGCUCCCUCCUGAGAAGAGUGUGAAGGACGAAGACAAGCUGGAAGUGGAGAAAGAUGGAAAGGUUUUCUUUUUGAGGAGGAGCAACCGGGUUACUGCUGCCCCGGCAGAAAUUGACAGUGAUGAUGAUGACGACGACAUUGACGAGGAGCGCGUGCGGCGUUUCCUGUCAGAGGGCAUCUUGGAUGAAGACCCAGACGAGAUUGAUGAGGACUCGGAGGCGCUCAAGAGUGUGGAGAGGAAAUGCCCCUACUGCCCCGAUCGAUUUCAUAAUGGCAUUGGGCUUGCCAAUCACGUGAGAGGCCACCUGAACCGAGUGGGCGUCAGCUACAAUGUGCGUCACUUCAUAUCCCCCGAGGAAGUCAAUGCUAUUGAGAAGAAGUUCUCCUAUCAGAAGAAGAAGAAAAAAGUCGCCAACUUCGACCCGGACACAUUCAGCGUGAUGCACUGCGAGUUCUGUAGCGCCGGCUUCGACACCCGGGCCGGCCUGUCCAGCCAUGCCCGGGCCCACCUCCGCGACUUUGGCAUCACCAACUGGGAUGUUACCAUCUCGCCAAUCCACAUCCUGAGGGAGCUGUUCUCCAGCAGGCCCGAUCUUGUAAUCCCCACGGCUCCCCCUCGGAGCCCCGGGUCCUCACAGGAGGAGGACGAGGAGGAUGAUGAGGAGGAGGUAGAGGAGGAAGGGGAGGGUGUCGUUGAGGUAAAGCUUGAGGGGGAGACGAGUGAGAGGACGCUGAGUGCUGCUGUUUCUGAUGCACUGCCUUCAGCGUCUCCUCAACGCUGCAAGACGGAGGACGGUGGAGGAGAGAGCGCGGGUGAUGAGGAGGAAGCAGCUGAGGAUGAGGAUGAGGAGGAGCUUCAGCGUCCAGCUCUGGAUGGUGUGAGCUUGAGCCCCGGGAAAACAGGGCUGCGCAGCGUGGACUCAGACAGCCUCUCUCCUGGGGAUGGGGAUGCAGACUCCAAGGUCCACAACCUGAAGUGUGAGGUGUGUAGCGCUCAGUUUGAGACCAGGCGAGGACUCUCCAGCCACGCCCGCUCUCACUUGCGCCAGCUGGGCAUCAGCGUCUCGGAGAGCAGCGGGGCGCCCAUCGAUCUCCUCUACCAGAUUGCCAAGGAGCGCAACAUCGACGGCCAAACCGGCUCAUCUCUUCUGGAGCCGCUCCCAGCCAAGAACUCCUCACCGUCUGUUCCUCAGAAAGAUGAGGAGAUAGAAGACAUGGACUUAGACGAGAAGCCCAUCCCUCUCUCCCUCCUGGCCAAAGCAGCGAAAGCGGUGCCACCCUCUUCCUCCUCCACGCCGACACCUUCUCCUGGUGCCUCUCCAGCUCCGCCUCAUUCUGGCUCCCCUUCCGCAGUAGUGAGGAAAGCCCCCAUUUCCUCAUUACUGCCCGUGUCUUCCCCCUUGCGCUCGCCGGAGCACAAGGCUGGGGGAAUGAAAGGCUUGACCUCUAACCUCUCUGCCCCAGCCACCGUCACAACCAAACCUCUCUGGGCACCACAGGAGAAUGACGCCCCUCUCAACCUCACCCUGGAGGUGGACCCCAACAAGGACAUCGUCUGCCAGCUGUGUGGCGCCUGGUUCGAGACUAGGAAAGGCUUGUCCAGCCAUGCACGUGCCCACCUGCGGCACUUUGGGGUGGAGUACUCUGAAUCCAAGGGCUCUCCCAUCGACCUCCUGAACCAGCUCAUCGAUACCGACGACUUCAAGCACAAAGCCAGUGUGCUGCAGCUCGACAGCCACGCGGAGCCACGCGGCCUCACGACCACCAUCUCCUCCCCGAAGCAGUCCCUGCUGAGCCUCUCUUCCUCUUCCUCUUCAUCGCUCCUCUACAAGGUGACCACAGCUGGGGGUGGGUCGACAUCCAAAGCUACCUCUUCCUCUGCCUCGUCUUUACUUGGCCCGCCUGCCAAGCGUCUCAAGUCCUCUUCCAUGCGGGUCUUCCGCCUGAGUAGUGGGGAGCUCAUGGCCCUUCCACACAAUGAACCUCCAAAGGAGAUAGGCUGCGAGUUCUGCGGGGAGUAUUUCGAGAACCGUAAAGGCCUCUCCAGCCACGCCCGCUCACACCUGCGCCAGAUGGGCAUCACCGAGUGGUCCGUCAACGGCUCCCCGAUCGACACGCUGAGGGAGAUCAUCUCAAGACGCGGCCUGCCUUGCGCCCUUCCUCUAAAACCUCUCAAAACUCCACCUCCGUCCUCUCCGGGACCCCCUCGCUCACCUCAGCCAACCUCCUCCUCUCCGUCAGCUACCCUCCUCAGCCGUCUGCCCUUCGCCUUCGCCCGCCCCUCCAGCCCUCCUCAGCCCGCGGCGUCUAAAUCAAGCUCGGCUACACCAACAUCUUCCAGCGGGCUGAUCCUCAAGCUGAAGCCGGAGCCGGUGCAGGUGGAGGUCACCACGCCAGGAGCUGCGGGGAGGUCUGCCAGCUUCACUGGUGAAACUGUCAACUGUAGUUGGAGCAGCUCUGACAACGUGUUCCCCCUCAACCUGGCUAUGACCCAAGAAGUGGAGCCGACAAGAGAUAUUCGCUGUGAGUUCUGCGGGGAAUAUUUUGAGAACCGCAAAGGCCUCUCAAGCCACGCCCGCUCCCACCUGCGCCAGAUGGGCAUCACCGAGUGGUCUGUCAACGGCUCGCCCAUCGACACGCUGAGGGAGGUGAUGCACAAGAGAGGCGUGGGCGGCUCCUCUCAAUCAGACCAGGGAGUGAAGAAGGAGUCGAGCCAGGGAGCCAACAGCCCACCAUGGGAGAACACGGCGGGCAGUGGCAGCUCAGAGGGUUUGGGUGUUUCAGGCUAUCAGUCCUCUAAAUUCCGUAAAUCUCCGCUCAGUUUGCUGCAGUCGGGGUCAAGGCUCCAUAAGCAGGGCCUGGGGUCCACAUCUGCUUCCCCGACUGCAGGGAAGUUUUUCAGGAUGUCCCCACUGGGGAAACGGCCUGUGUCUGCCGAGGCGCAAUCAGCGGAGACCGCCCACUCACCGUCACAUCAGCUCAAGACUUUCUCGCCUCAGCCACAUGAUUUCUCCUUCAAAAGAAAACCCUCACCAGACAAGCACGGACACCAGGAUCCCAGUUGCGAGCUGUGCGGCUUCUACUUUGAGAACCGUAAAGCUCUGGCCAGCCACGCGCGAGCCCACCUGAGGCAGUUUGGUGUGACUGAGUGGUGUGUGAAUGGAUCCCCCAUCGAGACGCUUAGCGCCUGGAUGCGCAGCAGGCCACAGAAGGUGUUGGAGAUGCAUCGCAGCUACAUGCAGGGGAACCGCUCCAACCUCAAGAAGAAGAGCAGCUCACCUCUUACUGCGUCAGCGGAUUCUGAUCAUAUCCUCCCCAUCUCAUCGCAGAAGGCCUCCUCUUCCUCCUCCUCCUCCUCCUCCUCCCAGUGGUCUUCUUCUUUGGCUGUAAGCCUGGUGCGGCCGCUGAGCCGUGAGGUCAGCCAGAGCUCUUCCAAGACCACCGAGGGUGAAGCCAACCUGCACGCUGCUCUGCUCAGGCCCGGCCGCAGCAGUCCCAGCCCCUCGCCGCUCUCCGACAGCCUUCCGCUUCAAGCACAGGUGGCACGCAGUGAGCUUAACGUCCGCCUGCCCAGAGGUUUUGAGCGUCGGCCCUUGAAACACCCGUCUUGCCCAGAUGGAACAGAGAGCCCUCCUAAACCCCCCCGCACAGGCACCGUCCCCGCCCUGGUGCCCAAACCACCAUCCUACCCACUGGUCAAACUGGUGGGAAAGUUCUACACCCUGAAGUGCCGGUUCUGCGAGGUGGAGUUUCACGGCCCGCUUUCGGUGCAGGAGGACUGGAUCAGACACCUCCAGCAGCACAUCCUCAAGAUGAACUACAACAAGCCUGCUGCACCCAAAGCAGCCUCUGCUGAACCCCCUGCCGAUGACCCAGCCCCGGUCCAGGCCUCUGCCCCAGCCUCCACCUCCACCUCUACCUCCAGUACCACCUCCACUACACCUGCCCUCACCUCCACCCCGACCCGCUCCCCUACGCCUCCGGUGGCCAAGUGUGCUCCGCCUGUCACUGCCACAGAGAUCGUAAAGGUCUCAGAGGAGAAGUCCACCCUGUCUCCGACCUCUAUCCCCGUCCCCACCCAGACAGUGUAAGCUCAUCGCUGUCAUUUAGCCCUGUUUGUUUCUUCCUGCCUUUAGAGUAUCUUUUCGUCCAUCCGUUUCUUUCCUUCGGCCUUCACAAAGUGUUGCUGAGGAGGAGUGUUUCCCCUCCAAAGAGCCCUCUGAGCCCCAAGCACCUUUGAAGCAGCUUUCUAGACUGUUACUAAGUCCCGUUACCAUGGGAACGAAGCUCUCCCGGCUUAUCUGUGCACCGGGGAUGGGCUAUUGUUGGUAGUGUCAGAGGUUAGCAGGAGAGACGAGCUAAUGUUUUGGGUUUGCCUUGUUUAAAUUGAAUGUCCAGGUGUUGACGCGGACCGUUGCUGUACCUCUCCUGCCAUUCACUGGGUGAUUUAGGGGUUAAUGUAGCCCUUUAUCAAACUUCAGCCCCCCUCCUGUCUACUGCAGCUUCGCCCCCUUUCCCUUUAUGAACAGUACGUUACUGAGAGCGAUGAGGCUCUGACCACGCUGCUGGCCUCAGCCUCUCACCCAAAGGUCCUGACUGAGAUUAAAUGACGUUUAUAAUCUUGCUACUUGUGUGGCUGAGACGUAAAACGCGUGUUAUCACGUGGUGUUAAAACAGGCACUUUCAAUGUCGACAUUGACACUUAGCACUUAACUGAAACUGAAACGCCCUGUUGAACGGGCAAAAGCCUGAUUUAUGGCAGAGAGCUCAACACUUUUGGUGAGUAUUGCUUGACAGAAAUUUAACAUCAUUUUCAAUUUUUGCUUCAGUGUGUAGGAUUUAAGGAGAGAUACUGGCAGAAAAUGAAUUUAAUAAGUAUAUUUCCUUUAGUGACCUGAAAACAAGAAUCAUUGUGUUUUCGUUACCGUAGAAUCAGCCGUUUAUAUCCGCGUAGGCAGUGUUGGAGAGUAACUAGCUACAUGUCAUUAAAUUACAAAAUAAAUUUAAUUGUAAUUAGUUACAGCUACUGAGAAAAAUGCAAUUAAAUUACAGUUAAAAUACUGGUGAUUAUAAAGGGUUACAUUCAAAUAAUUUAUUUCAGUUACUACACGGUUUAUCAAAGACAUUGGAACAAAUUUGAGUGCAACAUUUACACACUUAUGAUUUCUAGGACUUUUCAGCUUUAUUGCCAAGUCAAAACUUUUGUUAGAAAAGUACUCAAAAAGUAAUCAAAUGUAAUAAGUUACAUUAUUUGGAUGAUGUGAUUAAAUUAGUGACAUUACUUAUUACAACUUGAACAGGGUAACUAGUAAUCAGUAACCUAUUAUAUUUCAAAAGUAACCGCCCCCAACACUUGUCUUGAUCCAUGUCUAUGGAGAUCACCACGUUACACCGCCAUGUUUCUACAGUAGCCCAGAACAGACGAACCAAACACUGUCUCUAGAGAGCGCCAUUUGCAUUCUCGCGUCGGCCACCAUAGUUAGCAGCCCCUCCACGACAUAAGUGUUGGAGAAACACAGAUUUGCAACAUUGCACUGUUUUAUUCAGUGUUUGUACCAGGUCCAAUUUAACCUCUAUGGAUAAUUAAGCUCCCAGUAAAAACACUGCAAUCUGCAGUCGUCACCAUUUGAUGCCACUAAAUCUCCCUUUAUAUUACUCACUUGACCUUGUAUGGAGUCACAUUAUAUCCAUUAUGCAGUGCUAUGCAGCCCAAAAAUACUUUUUUCAGAAACUUGCGUUGGAAAAAAGACAUCUGUAAACAUUUAUUUUUGAGCACCCCAAUCCCCGCAAAAUUACUCAUUUCACUAUCAGAAUUUGAUCCAUUCAGUCUGAUAGCAUUUGGAAAAUCUAAAAGAGCUGCACAAUUGAAUCAUUUUAUCCCUAUUCAAGUUGGCAGAGCACUAAACUGGAAGUAGUUGGCUCAGCUGGCACAAGUCUCUCAUGCAGUGGUUCCCAACAGGUCCAGCCAUGGAUCCACAUUUCUCCUUAGUCAUCAGUUCAAGGUCCACACAGUUAAAUAUAUUCAGCAUGUUUGGCCAUGUCGUAGAGCUAGAGUGCCGUUUGUCACUUACUCUACAGCAGGAAACAGCUCUUUAAAAUAAAAGCUCUGCGCCAGAAAUUCACUUUACAUCCAGAUAGUUUGUUUUUUAGGAACUUGACACAUGUGUGAGUCACUUGCAGUCCAUUUAGAAUGGGACCGCGACACACAGUGCAGAAGUAGUGCCAACAAUCCGGGUUAUUUUAUACCCUGAGUAAAGUCUUGAAAGCAAGUAGAAGCUGGAUUUUUUUUUUGGCUUAGAGUGCCACUGAGAACCUCUGAGGGAUGACAGGGGUCCUGCCUCCAGCUCUCUUUAUACAUGCAUGUUGAAAACUACUGUCGCCAUGUCGUCAAUCAGACUUCAUGACAAAGUAUGACAUUGUCCAUGUGAUAACAAAAUUCUCCAGGUGCAACUUGAAAGGAAAAGUUCAUAAUUUCUGUCAAGCAACAGUCAUCAAAAGCGUAGAGUGCCCAACCAUAAGCCAGGCUUAACUCCAAUUGGUUUAAGGAGCAAGAAGUGGAAGCACACCCAAAAAGGGAAACCCCCCCUUGUUAACUUUAUAAUGUAAUUCUCUUCCCCAAAUAUACAUUAUGCUUGAAUGUAGCUUAAAGCACUUAUUAAAAACUUAUAUGCACACAUUCAUACAAUCAAACAUAAGCCCCAUGUUACCGUACCAUUGAUAGUUUUACCUUUCAUGAUGUUGCGGCUCCACAGCGUGCUGCUUUCAGCUGCUGAAGGCACAAUUGCUUUUGAAUCUCCCUGUCUGGAUCGGCGCAGCAGGGCCAUAGAGAACGUUCAAGGUUACACUUCUAUAGUUCUUUUUUCUUCCAUUCAAAGUGUUGCCAUUUCUUUCCUGCCUUUUUCAAUUCAACCCGAGUUAUUAUUUAUUUAUUAUUAUGCAUCUGAAUGUGGUAAGCUAGGUCAUUUUAAAGCUAAAGUAGAGCUCUGGAAUGUUUGAAAAAAAGGUCAGCGGUGCACUUUGACACAAGUGCACAAUGUGUGUGUGUGUGUGUGUGUUUGUAUGUUUGUGUACAGACAUAGCAAAUGUGCAUUUGUUUCCCAUUUUUAAAGAGAAAGAUGGAAGUAAACCCGCUUGAUAGGAAGACGCCUCCUGUGCUUAACGUGGACUAAAUGUGGGAGCCUGUCUGUACGUGGUCUGACCAGGACUUUAACUGCAUCCAUCGUCGUGUUAGGAUGUGCCAAAGAGUCUGUUUACUUCCUUGUCUUGCCUCUGUAAAAGCUGUUUACAUUGGACCUGAUGGUGGAGGAAACUCUGCACAGCUAUCGAGUUCCCCAAGGCUCCACGCUGAACAAUGGACUGAACCGGCGGCGGUCCACCACAAGCACCCGCCGAGAAAAAAGAAGACUCGGGCUACUGGAGCGGCUCCAUGUUGUUACUGUAGGGUUAGAUUAUUCCAAUUAAACAUGAACACAAACCAAACUUGAUUUCAAGCGGGGCCCUUGAGAACUGCCAGCCCUCUAACGAACACCGUGCGACCUCGGGCUCCUGAAGUCUGCGGUCGGUUUU